AUGGCGGACCAGAGUUUAGUAGGCGUUCUUGACUUCCUCAGGGCUAAGUUCCCUGAUGCGUUCAAGGCGUUAACCGCCUCCUUAUUGGAAUCGGAAUCCGGGGCCCCCGCAGUGCCUCCUAAAUCGCUCGACUCGACGCCAUCAACCACCGACACUGAGGAGAUGGAGUUGGACUCCCCCUUGUCCCCUGAAAACCCCGACGAUGCAGGCGGCUUGUUCACGGAGGUGAGGAACAAGAAGAAGCGCAAGAAGCGCUCUUCCCCCGCUCCCUCGUCGGCUUCAUCAUCGUCCCGAUCUCCCGUGCCUCAGAAGGCGCCGCGCCCAUGUCCACAGCUCGAACCCGGAUCUUCCCAGCCGGUUCAAAUCCCAGCCCUCAUGGCUAUCCCCGUGGAAGCUACUCAGCCACCGUCGGCUGUCCGUUCGGCUCCCCCAGCAGCCCGCGCGCUGCUUGACAAAAAACCUCCGCCCAUUUAA